AUGGCGAAGGAUAUUCGCCACAGUUCGCCAACCCUUCCUAGCAAAGCACCUUGGUCACUAUGGAAGGUCAACACACUGCUAGGGCGGAAAGUGAUCUCUGUUGGAUGGAAGGCCAAGCAGAUGGCCCCAUUCCAUCCAACAUGUGAGCUCAUCUUGCGACUAGCCCUGCCCGCCAACAUCCUUGAUGGAUUUCGCCUGUACUGCGGCGAGAGAAGUCUGGCCACUUGGGUGCAGAAUGUCUCAAAUAUUGCAUCAGUGACGAAAGUUGCAGAGAAGAUCCGCAAUGAGCUAUGCUCCUCUCGACGUGUCUCACAACUACGAGCUAUGGUGCCAAGUGCCAGAGAUGUGCCUCUCGAGAAUAUUAUUCUCUUCAAUCGCGAUGCUCUGAUGCUGCGCGAGUUCAGUUCAGCAAUUAAACACGGCGAUGUUGGAAGUGUUGUCAAUGUGCUCUCUUAUUGGAUGCUCGAGUUUCAUGGCAGCGGCUCAAUGCCAAAGUAUGCCGAUGCCCUCUUCCACGUUCUGCUCAGUUUGAAGAAGAUGGAUCCUAAACUGAGGCGAGCAUUCAUGAUGAAUUGGCUGGUGAAUCUCACAGGUCAUGAUGACGGCUUUAAGGAGGUGGACUUACUACAAGAACAUCAGAACUUUUGGGCAAAGGUGAUCUACACGGCGCGCGGUUCUAACAGAAGCUGGGAAUGGCUCAGCAUGAUCGCUGUAUCUAUCUUUACCCUACGCGAUGUCAUCAAGCGCGUUCAGACAAGCUACAAAACUCCGCAUAAUGGCAAGUCACACACUAGCCUGGAUUCUCACAAGGAAGUGUCUGUUCUAUGUGAAUACCUUAAAGAACAAUCCCUACAGACUUUCACACCUCGCCGCGACCAGAAUGACCAAGCCAAGGCAGUGCGCGAUCUUCUCCUCAAAGGUGUGGCAUAUGCGAACACUGCAUGGGCCUACACCAUCUUCCGGAAGCAGUCAUGCAAGGUGUCCCUGAAGUCGCCUCCAGGACGAGGCCAGCACGACAUAGAUGCAGUCGCAUCGGCAAUACCAAUGAUGAUGGCUGAUGAUGAGAAGGACGACGAGGGUGACAUGGAUGUGAAAUACGAUCUUGGCGCCCCAUCCUUCAAGAUUGCUGCUCGCUCUUCACUACCUGGCUUGUGA